GGGUUUAGCCGAAGAAGAGAGACGGCGGCGCGGCAACAUGCGGCCAUCGGCGUGGCGCAGCGCAUGGACCGUGCUAGUGCGAUGUGGCCGCACCACCUACACCGCGCCGGUCCUUCUCCUUCCCCGUGGGCGCAUCUUCCCGGAGCGAGUGGUAGGAGGAGUCGCCGACGGGUCGGGGUUCAUGGCGGACCUGUCCACUCUUAAGGUAAACUCGAAUCUGGUGAGCCGCGCGGGGGCGCCCGUGCUGGCGAAUGGACCGAGUGAGGUCCGGCUGGUGGAGGCGGCGCUCGCGGCGAGGUGCGGCGACAAGGGUCCUACUUGGCUGCGACGGUACGCGGCUUCGAUCACGCUGGCCAGGAGGGACCAGAUCCAGUACGAGGAGACCAUGCCCUGGAGGAGCGCGGAAGUGGCGGUGAAUCUAGGAGGUGGUGGAGGUGGCGGGGACACGGCGCGGUUCAACUUCCCGGCAAUGGUACACGCAUCCAAAGAGGAUGAGGUGCUGUCUGGGGAUCACUUGCUUCCUGCGUUUGGUGGUCUCAAGGUGUUAUUUGAGGACCCCUGCGUUUCUGCGUUUGAUCUGAAAUGUAGAUCAUUCAUUGUUUCUGAUGUUUUCUCAUCUUCAAGGUUACUAUUUGAUAAGCUUGGAGGCAACUUACAUGGAUUUCAAUACAUUUGUAACCUUGCUGUUGCUACUAUGAUUUCUGAACUUUGGUGUCAGAGACAAUUUAAUAAGCUGCAGAUAGGGCCUUCAAAUUUUGGCAGCAUUUAUGGAAUUACACUGGCAAAUAAGGUAAUUUCUCAGAUCAUCAGAUAUGAGCAUGAGGGUGACUGGAGCUUCGCUCUUGAAUAUUCUGAUUUAAUUGCAAGAUCAACAUCAAAGGAGAACCUUGCAAGUUAUGUUGUGGAAUUUUCUCUUGUGCCGGCUGUUCCUACGAGCAAUCAGGUUAUUGUUGGUAUUGGAGCAAAAUCAUCUGUCGGUCCCUUUAAAACUGUUGGAGUUACAUUUGGGUCAACCAAACUGCCGCAGAGGAUGUUUUCUACAUCUCAGUGUUUAUCUCAUGAGCAAAGAGGCAGGUCAUUCUCAACAAGACAAUCACAGACGAAAUCUAUGAUGCACAUUGAGUUGUUGAGGCCAAAAAAUACAGGAGUUCUCUGCUUGGAUGGUGAGAACCAUGACGUGCUUCUGAGCUUCAGAAAAAUAAUAGCUCAGAUUAGAGACUACUGUCAUGAGUAUGGCAAAAGGGUUGAUUUGUCUCUUCUCUAUGGGCGGGCCUGUGAAGUAUACACACCACCUGGAGAUGGCUCAUUUCACGUGGUUGUUCAGCAUUGCGGGCGCUCUUAUCGUAUAUCAAUCUCAGCAAGAGAUUUGUACGUGAGAGCUUUUAGAGGAGGCAAUCAUAAACCAUUGGAGUUACAGGUCGAUGAUGAUGAUGAUAGAGCUACGGAUUACAGUUAUAUAUCAUCCGAGGAAGAUCACACGGUUCUUCCAUUCUCAGGCAGUUAUACCUCCUUAUGUGGUGGUGACAUUAAGGGCACAUGGAUAGGGGUUGCGGCGCUCAGGCAUGCGUUCCAUGCUUUGGAUAACUAUGACGGAAGUGGCACGGAUUUGCUAAAACAGGCAAUCACAAUUUUUGUGAUACAUUUAUCUGAAGCUUCUCGCCUACAGCCAGUUUUCAACGCCAUCUCCAGAUCGAUGGUUAAUGAUAACAUCAACUGUUUAGAUGAUGUAUCGCAGCUUUCAGAUGAUGCUACUCAAAAACCAUCUUCCCUUCCCUCUUGGUGGGUCUCUAACUAUGGGUGGUACUCUCGUGAAGCCAUGGAGGCAGUUGAUAGACUUAUUACUUGCAAUCAGAAGUACAGCAUUGCUAACCGCAGAGGUGGUGAUUUCAAAUCACCUACUGAGAUCUUCAAAGAGAUUAGAAUAUUAGCCAGGGAUGUGUACACUUCUGGUCUUUUUUGCAGAUAAAGCUGGUGAUCCACCGCUUGCACCACCAAGAGAGUCACCUCCCACUGACACGGGAAAAGAAGCAGAUUACCCAUAUGUACGGCUUGAUAAUUUGCAUUUUGGUAGUUCAACAAAUAAGAUGGAGAAGUAAUACCCUCGCCACUUGGAGGGCCUGAUUUGUUGCUGAGGCAUUGGUAGUUUGAUAUUAUGAGCUGUUAUGUUGCAGUGGAAGAAGCCUGAAGAGUAUGUCUACAACAGCACCAGAAACUUAUUUUACUUCCACAGCACCAGCAAAAGCUUAAUGCGCAACAAGUCUAGUAACCUCCUCAAACAAGUAAUUCCAGCUAUCCACUAUAUCCAAUAGCAUCUUCAGUCAUAGCAAGGACAUAACCAAAUGCUGAUGAAACAGCAGGUGACCGUUAACUUUCUUUAGCUGUUAGUCUCUGUCGAGUCCCGUUGAUGAUGUACCCAAACACUGAUGGUGGUCGGAGCACUAGACUUAGCCAGUACAAGCAAUAGUAAUUUCUGAGAUCAGUGGUAUUGGAAGACUGGAGAAAUCCUGGGAUAAGUUGAAUUGUGUGCUGACAAGGGAGAAGGGAGCUCGACCAAAGUGAUAUGUAAUAUUGGAGAUUUGCUCAUCAGAAGGUAUAAGAGCACGUCAUCACUUAGUUGAUUGGAAAAGCCUACUUGCAAGUUUGAGUUACCGGUGUCUCGUAAAUGGCAGAGAAUGACAGGUCCGGCCUUCUUUUAGCCAGUUGACAUACCUGAAAGUUCUAAAUGUCAAAGAGCUGUACUCUGUCAAUGCCCAUCCACUGUUAUGAUGAAAAUAGAAGAUAUAGUUCUUAUUACCUGAAUAUGUUCUCAUCAAAAUCAAGUUGUUUUGCCUGGGACAUAUAUGAGGAUGCAGUCUGACUUCUGCAUGAAGUUUUCCUGCAUCAGCAUCACAUACAGGCAUUCAGAGCCUUGAGCAUGAAGGGAGCCUCACGUUAAACCAGUGCAGUUAAAUGAAGGUUUCGUGUCCAACCUGUACAGAUUGUAUACAGAUAUAACUUUGCUUCUUACUUGAAGAGAAUGUCUGUUAUUGUCCAUAUUCAGGAGAAAUUUAUUGCUUUUGUAAAGGUAAGGUUGCCUGGAUAUACCAUGUCAUGGGAAGAUUGUUCCAGUUUGAGCAAGACAGCGGCAGUGUCUUUCCUUAUAGGGCAGUUGAAGACCUAGUACAAACCCAGGUUCGAACCCAGGUGGCUUAAGUGAAAUCAGGACACACUUGCCAUUGCGUUAGGAGGCUCUCCCCAUGAAUUGAUCUGUGGAGGUUAAUGAAUUAUCAGAAUGACAUGAUCUUUGCACCAGUGGGACUGCUUAGAAAUGCUACAAAGGAAUGAGGCUGUUCUCCAAGUCAUCCCUCAUCUGAAGGUUUUUGCAUGUAUUGCUUCAGAACAGAAAGAACCUGUACUAACAACAUUUAAGUCCGUUGGGAGCAUGACAAUGAACCAAUCAUGUUGGUGCACUGAAACAGGAACAUAUUGGCAUAUAGCUCUGCUAAAUGCUGAACUGGUGCAGAAAGCUGACUCAAAAUAGCAGUCAUCCAAAUUUAAAAGCAAAUCAGGGACAUCAUCACAAUUGGUUCCACCAGCUAGCAGUUCCGCUAAAGCGUCAAGAAGCUGCCCAUUGAUUGCUGCCGAGAAACAGUGCGAAAAGCUGCUGAAGAUGUUAGAUGAAAUGAACGAUCAAAGUGAUGGCCCGCUCCGACACCGUUUGUAAAGCUUGGGGCUGCUUCCAUGGCCUCACCUUUGACACUUGACAGCAAAGAAUGCCUCUCUUGCUCCCACGCUUAAUAUUAUCCUCUGGAAGAGAAGCACCCUAGUCACUACACUCCAAAUGUUCAAGAUUCUUGGAGUCAACUGCCUUGCAGCAAGUGUACAGUGCUCCUUAGAUGGUGUCCAACUGAGUGAUAGUCAAGGUAUAAUUAGUGGUGUCUUCAUUGCAGCUUUCUUCCUCUUCAUUUCGCAUGAUUGUCGACCUCGAGUACUCUAGGCAGAGCCCCCUCAUCCUAACAUCUGUGCAUACGUUUUCUUGACCUUCUGACGAUCCCGGUGGCAACCCUUGAUGUAAACUACAUGGAACACUCAUUUAACCAGAGCAUAUCAGAGAAGAAGCCAUUCAAGUAGGCUCCCUAUGCAGCUGUCGCUUUCUUCACAGGAUCGCAGCGGAUAUGUUCAGGGAUCUGAAUCUUUCAAGUUACUUAGGCUUUGGGGAAUUCAAGCUCCUUGGCGCAUCAAGGCUCUAGGCGGCGACCCUUGUGUCAGCCUCUGCACGAUGCGUGAUACUCGGGCCGGCUCAUCUGCUGGAUGACAACUGUCUGUUUCGGCUAGUGGAUGUCAACAGUGGAAAAAAAGAGAGAGGAGAGGGAGGCAUUGACGGGGCAGAUGCUGUGUGUUUCAUAGAGGAGCCAUUUGUGGAGGAGAAGCGAAGUUCCUGUGGAUCUCCAAGAUCAGUGUGGGAGAAUCGUCGGAGGGCCCUCCUGAUGCUGCAAGGCGAAGGCAUACCAUACGUCGUCAGGGCAAGAGACAGGCUCGUCAAACUGGUUAAUGGAACACAUCGGCGAGUGGACGGUCGCAUGCGCUCGCCACAGUUCAAUCAUGGUCACCAUCGGCGACACAUGUAUCACCACGUGUGAAUCCUAUCAUGACUACUGAGCAAGUACGUAGCCGGACUACAUGCUGCAAGCACGGCCUAAGGAUCAGUGACGGCGGCAUGGUCUGCAAAUUCUAUUGACGAGUAUACCAAUUAAUUAGUUGAUGCGGUACUUGAGUUACCAAAUCAAUUAAUAUCUCCUGUCAAUAGAAUUUCUAAGUUUGAUCGAUGUUCCUGUUCUCCUGUGUCAAAAGAGCAGCCUGUACUCAACAGUAAUGUCUCCUUUUUAUCACACAUAUUAAGCAAUCAACAUUCUAAUCCA